AUGGCGGUACGAUUUGCCGUGAAUCGGACAAGCUGUCUUGCUCCUCCUCCUUUUACCCGCUCACAUAACCCUCCUCUUUCUCUUCCUAUUAUCAACUCUCCUCCUACGUUUACCCGCUCUCAUCCUCUUCCAGUUAUCCACUCUCUUUUGAAACGCUCUUCAAUUCGCUCGAACGUCUAUUUUGACCCAAAAUGCAUCACAUGUGAGCUAUAUAACUUCAAGUUGGACUCUAAGUCUGAGACCUCCGAAGACGGGAACGAGCAAUUAGGUUCCGAUCAUCGUUCGAAAAUAGCAAUGGCGGUGCGAUUUGCCGUGAAUCAGACAAGCUGUCUCUGUCUUGGUCCUCCUCCUUUUAUCCGCUCACAUAAUCACCCUCUUUCUCUUCCUAUUAUCAAGUCUCCUCCUACUUUUACCCGCUCUCCAAUUGUCCACUCUCCUUUUUUGAAACGAGAAGACAACUUUGUCACGCUGUACUACAACUUCAUCAUCUAA